AAAAUUGAUGCGUGCAUGGCUGCAGUGACUAGCUAGUACUGCAACCAAAAACUACUUUAUCUCUUUUCAAGAAAGACAAUGGCCUUGAUCAUAUUCUCUCACGGGUUCAAAAAGUAUUUUCCUUUUUUGAGGAAAAUAAAUAAACAUCAAAUUCACAUUGUCUUAGUAUAUUCUCUUUUUUUUUGAGGAAAAUAAAUACAGUACCACAUCAUAUAGUAUAUCAAUAAUUUAAGUAUAGAAAGUGCUCAUUAGUGUUUUAGUCUCUGAGUUUCUCAUUCCAUUCUUGUAGAAUCAAACUCACAUUGCAGCCGGAGAGAUGCCAAGAUCAAGAGCGAGUGAGAUGCCUCAACGGCCGUCUCCUCGGGCUCCGCACAGCCUCCGGACGUCCUCGAGCUCGGACUCGGAUCCAGUCCAUCCGCGCUCGAGGACCACCGUGCGGAGCCCGAGGCUAUCGGAGCCUCUGAAUCAGAGGAAGCUAGGCAGCCGCAUUGCUGACCUCGAGACUCAGCUUGGGCAGGCUCAGGGCGAGCUCAAAUGCCUCAAGGAUCAAUUGGCCUCUGCCGAGGCAGCCAAGACAGCAGCUCAGGAGCUUCUUAACAAGAAAUCAAAGAAACCUAAGAAGGUUGUGGAAAUGGAAGACAAGAAAGAGAGCAAUGAGGAGUUCUAUGAUGAUGUGUUUGAAGUGCCGAUGGAGAAAGCAGCUGUGGAGUCGAAGGAAUCUCCGCGGGAUGAGAUAAGAGCGCUCAAGGAGAAGAGUAGAGAGGCUGAGGUUGUUGGUGAGGAAAAUGCAAAGAUGAAGAUGGAAAUUGAGGAGCUGAGUUUGAAGCUGAAGCAGGCCAAUGAAGAAGUGGAGAAGAGUAGAGCAAAUGUGGCAAGCAUGAAGGAGAAAGUGGAAGCUAGUGAGAGAGGGAAGGUGGAGUUGGAGAUGGAGAUGAAGAGGCUUCGUGUUCAAACUGAGCAAUGGAGAAAGGCUGCGGAUGCAGCUGCGGCAGUGUUGGCUGGGGAAGUGGACAAGCAGGUGUAUGGAAGCUCACCGGACGAUUCUGACGACGGCGGCAAGAGGAAAGGUUCUGGUAUUAAAAUGUUUGGAGACCUGUGGAGAAAGAAAGGAAACAAAUAGACUGUUUAGGUUCCAAAUAAUGCUUGUAAUCCAGUUGCAUCUGUUUUCAGUUUGGGAUGUAUUAGCAAUAGACUAGUAGGAGUAUUUGGUUUGUGUUUGCAGACAAUUCAGUUCAUGGGGUUCAUUUAUCGAGAAUGCCAAUCAAAAUAUGAAUUGUGGAGAUA